AAGCCCUUUGUCAUUGAGAUACUGUAAACCCAAAACAUGCACCCAUUACUUUUCUUUAUAUUAACACCCAAAGUUCUAACCAACAAUUCACCACCAUUUCUCAUAUUAUUAUCCUUCCUAUUUUUUCUCCUCCUCUUCCCAUUUCCAUGGAGUUUCAAAGUCUACUUGAAUUUCUUCACAAUAAGUCCAUCUUCGUCACCGGCGCCACCGGAUUUCUCGCAAAAGUAAUGGUGGAGAAAAUCUUAAGGGUUCAACCAAACGUGAAGAAGAUUUAUCUCCUCAUACGAGCGGCGGACGAGAAAUCUGCGACGCAACGCCUUAACGCCGAGGUGAUCGAGAAGGAGUUGUUCAAGGUAUUGAAGGAAAAAUGGGGGGAAAAUUUUAGAUCUAUGAUAUCGGAGAAGCUCGUGGCGGUGGCCGGAGAUAUCUCCGACGAAUUUUUGGUCCUCAAGGAGUACUCCAAAUUGAGAGAAGAAUUGUAUGGGCAAAUUGAUGUCAUAGUCAACUUGGCUGCAACUACCAACUUUGACGAGAGAUAUGAUGUUGCUCUUCAUGUCAAUACUUUGGGAGCCAAGCAUGUUAUAAACUUUGCUAAACAAUGUGUGAAAUUGAAGACAUUCAUCCACGUAUCUACAGCUUAUGUUUGUGGCGUGAAGGAAGGGUUAAUACUUGAGUCCCCAUAUAAGAUGGGAGACACUCUUAAUGGAAAAUGUGGCCUACAAAUUGAAGACGAGUUGAAGCUUGUGGAUCACACAAUAUCUGACCUUCGAGCACAUGGUGCUACCCAACGAUCCAUCACUUCAAUCAUGAAAGAUUUGGGUUUACAAAGGUCACAAAAUUAUGGAUGGACAAACACAUACAUAUUUACAAAAGCAAUGGGAGAAAUGUUGAUAGCGGAAUUAAAAGAAAAUAUUCCUGUGGUUAUUAUACGUCCCACCAUUGUUUCUAGUACCUACAAAGAACCAUUUCCUGGUUGGGUUGAAGGUGUCAGAACCAUUGAUAGCCUUGCUGUUGCAUAUGGUAAAGGGAAAAUAACAUGUUUCCUUGGAGAUGUUAAGGCAUUGAUAGAUGUGAUCCCAGCCGAUAUGGUCGUAAACGCGAUACUCGUAGCGAUGGUAGCUCAUGCGAGCCAACCGUCAUCGUACACUAUUUAUCAUGUGAGUUCCUCUAUGAGAAAUCCAGUGUUGUAUGGGAAGCUUCAAGAGUAUGGCUUUCACUACUUUAGAGCAAACCCAUGGAUCAACAAGGAGGGGCAGCCUGUUAGGGUUGGGAAGGUCACCAUUUUGAAUGACAUGGCUAGCUUCCAUCGAUACAUGACUAUUCGGUAUUUGAUAUUUCUUAAGGGACUGGAAGUGGUAAAUAGUGCACUUUGUCAUUACUUCGAUGGAAUGUUGUUCAAUCUGGAUCGUAAAGUCAAAUAUGUUCUGCGAUUAGUCGACCUCUAUGGGCCUUUCUUGUUCUUCAAAGGAGUCUUUGAUGACAUUAACACAGAGAAGUUGAGAAGAGCUGCCAAGGACAAUGCAAUAGAGGCAGAUUUGUUUUACUUCGACCCAAAAAUCAUCAAUUGGGACGAUUAUUUUAUGAAUAUUCACAUUCCAGGAGUUGUUCGGUAUGUCUUUAAAUAAUUAUUUAUAUGAAUAUUCACAUACGUCUUUAAAUAAUUAUUUACAACAUAUAUAUUAGUUUGUGUGCUAUGACAGUUUACAUUUUGCAGACCAAUAAACUGCUCAUAUAUAUAAAUACAUGUACUUUAUUAUACUUGUAAUGUCUUAAAUUUCCCAUCUUUUAUUAACAUAGUUAUUGUAAAGGAUCAUGUAUUAUCUCAAUGGUAGUGAACAAUUAUUUAUUUACUUUA